AAUUCUUAGAAGAUAUAAAACGACCUUGCGUCUGUCUCUUAAGUUAGAAAGAACUUGAAGCUAUUUACAUUAAACGUCAGUUCGACGAUCGGAAAAUGUCGAGCGUAUCGUUUGUCACUUAGUUUUUUGAAGAGCAUGAGCGAGACACAAUGGAAGGUUUAUGCACGUCGAAUGGCCUUCUCUAUCGAACGACUCGAAUCAAUCUCCGUCGGGUGUUUUAAACGCAAAUUCACAUCGGUAUUGCGAUCUUGUCUUGGACUUUCCACGAUUCGAAGACUCGUACGGUCGAAGAAGUCUAAGGAAUCGGAGAAGACGGUGCGGAUCGGGCAAUUAAGCGAGACCGGUGCCGCCGAUCUUUGUCUCCUUUACAAUCUCGACGCAAUUAAAUCAGAUAUUUCAGGCGGCGCCGUUUAUCGCGAUUCUACGAAAAGCGCAUCGGCGACCGGUCGUGUACGAUAAAAACCGGGCCCUAUGUACCCCCCACCAUUGCUAGCCCUUCGCUUCACCGAUCGUUUUUCUUUUCAGGAUUCUCGACCAUCGAUUUAUUCUUCUCUUCCCUCUUGUAUCGUCCUUCCUUUAGCUGUACGGCAGAAGCAGAGAGAGAGAGAGAGAGAGAGAGGGAGAGAGAGAA